AUGGCAUUGAGGUACCAGCGUCGCUUAUGGCGCUACGUGGAACGUGGCCGCCGUCACAAGUUGCGCAGACUCCUGCGGCAUCACAGAGAAGUCCUGGACCUGGGCAAAACGAAGGGACACAGAAACCACACACCCCUGCACCGAUGCUGUGCCCUCCUGGACCACAAAGCUGCCAUCCUUUUACUGAAGUACGGGGCAGACCCCUCUCUCCCAGACUACCGUGGAGACACAGCUCUGCAUUUGGCUGCCCGGCAUGUAGCACAUGGAGGAGACCGUGUGUAUGAAGAUCUGUUUGUACCCUUGCGAAUCCACUGUCCAUCUGCCAUGAGCAUCAAGAAUAAAGCUGGAAAAACCCCAGGAGAUCUCUUGAACACAGCAGCAGAAGAGAAAUGGUGUCCCAAGGAAACACUUGAGGAAAGUGUGUCAGAACGUGAGGCUGAGAGAGAGUGGAGAAGCAAGCUUCGCAAUGAAUGGGAGGACGAGUUUCAAGAGACCCCAUGGCAGCAUGAAGAAGAUUUCUCUACUGGUCCCAACUCAGAAACGUUCGAGGAAUGGGCUGAUCGCUUACACCGGGAAUACAGGCAAAAACGUAGGCAAGAAGAGGAACGGCGUCACCGAAGGCCCAAAAAAGAAGCUCCAAAGUCUUCCAUUCAACUCCAGCACCUCCUGGAGCAAGAGCACCUGGAGUACCUAAAACGUGCCCAAGCCAAGGAAGAAGAGGUUCAGUCAGCCAAGAGAAGACGUUACGAGGAAGGCUGCAGCCGAGUCUUCUCCUCAGACAGUUCACGUCCGUUGUCUUACAAGGACAUUCCCUGGCCAACUUCGACUGGGACUCCUGAGGAAAUGGCCACAGCAGCCCUUCGUGGCGUAGACCCUUCAGACGAAAGAGCUUAUCGGCGCUUCCUCCGGCGUCAGCAGGCUCUGUGGCACCCGGACAAGUUUGCACAACGUUGCGGCACACGCUUGGCUGAACAGGAUCGCCAUCGGAUCUUGGACACUGUCACAGCAUUGUCCCAAGCUUUCAAUCGCUUGGCUGAAGCAGCCAAAUAA